AUUUGUAAACAAUUCUUACACAUGCUCACUGCCAUCCUUGUUUUGUGUGGAAGUCUUGUCCAUCAACACAAAGCAGGCCAUCCUGCUCAUCCUCUCGGGCGCUCAUCGUGAAAAUCUAAGUAACUUGGCUAAUAAUCGAUCAUUAUAUUUUAACUCAGCAAACUUGUAUGCAGUGGCAAAGAUUCACAGAGCAAUAGUGGGCUAAAGUCUGAUUUUGGUUUACUUCACCUGUCUGCUUAUAGAAGUGGCUCUAGGUCUACGCAAGUCAGGCAAUUUCCCGUAAAAUCUAGGUAAGACAAACGGUUGAAUUUCAAACCAUGUGGGCAUUGUAUUCAUAUUUGUUCUGGAUCUUAUUCUCGAGUAUGUGACGUUUUCAUGCCCUUCCAUCGCCACCAUUUUUGUCCCUAAGUAGUUGCCGUAGUUAUAGUCUGUAAAAGAUAUUUCCAAAGACAGACAUAAUCUUUAAAAAGUCCCUUACCUAAAUAAUCACGUAUUUGACAUUGUGGAUGACAGUAAUGAUAGCGCGUGCAGUUAUUACUUGAAAGUGAGGAAUGGAAGGGAGGAAUUAUAAACAGUCAGUCGGACAAAAUGCAUACCCAUAAAAGUCAACGAACAAAAAAACGGAACUACUUCCUUUUCGUGAAUAUGACUGCAUUUAACCAAUGGGAAAGCAGCAUGUUCUAUCUUACCAAUUGCAGUGCGGCGAAGUUUUACUUGAGCCAAUAGUCUGUUAGGAAAUGUUUAUUGUAUUUGUGUUCCGCGUUGCUGUUUUACCAAAGUUGUCUUGUAAGGUCUAGUAAAUCAAGCAUAUACUUGACCCUAAACCAGACCCAAGUCUCAUGGAAAGAAGUCAAUCCAGAGCUAGGUCAAGCUCAGGCUUGAAGAAAAUAUCUCUGACAGAAGCUUGUGACAGCUGAGUUCAGAUGACGGGAAUGCCCAGACAAUGGACGUAAUGGAUGAAAAGAAAAUGAUGACACGGAAUGUAGAAGAUGGCCCGUGGACAGGAUGCGCGGUCCUGUUCCUGAACUCCUGUCCCACUGUGAACCUGCUCUCUCUCUACAAAGACCAGCAGGGCAAGUUCAUGGUCUUCAAAGUCGUCAAGCUGACACUCACAGAUUCGUCCGGGGGGCUGGAGGGGUAUGAGAUCCUGAAGGUCCAUGAUGCAGACCCUCUGUUGGGUGUGGAGGUAAAGUUUGUGGAUGUGGCAGCAUGCCGCAGGUUCCUGGAGAGCUAUGUCUCUGGUGCUGUACUACAGUCCCUCUCCCAGCACGCCUCCCGCCUCCUCCCUGGCUCACAAGACGUUGCUAUGGAAAUUCAGCUCAAAGCCGGGAUGUACACUUUGGACUUCUGUCUGGACGACCUUGACCUCUGUUUGAAGCAUAUCCACCAGUCACAGCCCGGCCGUCUACGUGAUGAUGAGAUUGCUGAGCUGGAGCAGCAGCUGCAGAGCCAGGCCCUGGGUCACGUCCCCCAGCCACCCACCCUCACACAGGAAGAAACCCCACUGCCCAGCAACUGUUUCCUGUUUCAGAAGAAGGUGUUCGAGGACCGCAUGCUGGCAGCGGGGGACCUACAGCGGUUCUCCAAUGGUGUUGGGCGGGACUGGAGGAAAGUGGGGCGGGCUUUAGGUAAAAACUGCCGUGCGCUGAAAGGGCCGGCCAUAGACAACCUGGCCUACGAGUAUGAGAGGGAGGGGUUGUACGAGCAGGCCUAUCAGCUGCUGAGCCGCUUCAUCCAGGCGGAGGGGAGGGCAGCACGGCUGGGCCGGCUGGUCAGGGCACUGGAGGAUACCAAACUCACCAGCCUGGCAGAAAACAUUCUGGACAUCCAGCCCCAGGAGUGACACUUACACUGUCCUAAGCUGUGUUGGUCUGUGUGUAUCUCUCAGAGUUGGGUUCCAUUGGAAUGAAAGUCUAUUGGAAUUAGAUUCCACAGGUAAACUGAAAUUCCAAUUAUGCAAUUGAGAAACUGAGCCUAUUUAUAAUUAUACAUGAAUAGGCUGAAAAUCUAAAGGUAUGUGUCAAACCGCAUUACAUUUUGUUGUGUGAAUUUCUAUUUCAAAUCACUUUCUGAAUUAAAUAACUAAAACUGAAUUGACCCCAA